UUAUCAACUUAAAUCGUUCGGCUGUCUCGGCUCGGCAUACAUGUCUGUACUACAGCAUAUCAAUCGUUUGCGUUUGUAAAAUAAAAAAUAUCAUGCCUUGCUUGCUUGAGUGAAAGAUUUAUAUCUAAAACAAUUAAUAAAUCAGUUCUUCAAUUUAUUAUUUAUAGGGUUUUGUUAGGUAAAUGUUAGUGGUUUUCUAACUUAAAUGGAUUUUUGUAGAAAAAUUAUAUCAUUGUGUCCGUGAGUGAGUAGAUCGUUUUGUGUAUCUGAAUUCUGAAUUUUAUCUUAUCUUUACUUGGAAACCUAUUUAUUCGUCUUGGUAUUCUGUUCGUUAUCCUUCGCAGUAUUUGGAGUUAGGUUAUCUUUGAAUAUGGAUAAUUUACGAUUUUAUUUUGUGACAUGGAAUGUGGCAACAAAGAAUCCUGGACAAGAUCUCAAUUCCUUGCUGGACUUCCCAUCUCAGUUUAACAAAAAUAAACCACUUCCAGAUUUUUAUGUUAUAGGGUUACAGGAAGUAAAGUCCCAACCACAGAAUAUGUUAAUGGACACCCUGUUCACUGACCCAUGGACAUCUACAUUCAAUAAAAUUUUGUGUCGUCAAGGCUAUAUCAUAGCUAAGAGUACAAGGUUACAAGGCAUCCUCCUGCUAGUUUAUGCUCAGUUGAAGCAUAUCACACACCUUAGAGAUAUAGAAGCACAGUACACUAAGACUGGUUUAGGAGGAAUGUGGGGUAACAAAGGUGCCGUGAGUGUAAGAUUCAACAUUUAUGGUUGUUCAAUAUGUCUUGUCAACUGUCAUCUCACUGCGCACGAGCAUCUGCUGGCCGACCGCAUCAAUGAUUACAACACGAUAAUCAAACAACACUAUUAUCACAUUACUGAGACUUCAAACAUUCUGUAUCAUGAUUACGUAUUCUGGAUAGGAGAUCUCAAUUUCCGAACAGAUCACCCCACCGGUGCCAGCCCUACAUCCGAAGAGAUUGUUGCAUCCCUUUCUAAAAUAGAGAAGGAUAAGUACACAUCGCUACUGAAACACGAUCAGCUGUUAGCCGUCAUGGAGAAUGGAGACGCGUUCUCGGAGUUCGUUGAACCGGAGAUUAGAUUCCCACCGACUUACAAGUUCAAUAUAGGCACUGAUGAGUAUGAUGUGAAGAGGAAGCCAUCAUGGACCGACAGGAUAUUAUACAAAGUAAUAGCGAAUAACUAUGAGAACAUAACCCUGAGGGCAGACCUCAUAUCCUAUAACCACAUACCACAUUACACAGUCAGCGACCACAAGCCUGUAGUCGCCCAGUUUAAUAUAAAGGUCCGAGGCGGCUUCGCAAUUCAUUGCCUGAACACGCUCGCGGAGUCUCCAAGGGCGUCUAGGGCCGCUAUAAGGAUGAGAUCGGCGGUCAUGAUGCCGCCAGAUACUGAAUCUAGUGUGGCCGUGCCUUUUGUGUCCAUAGCAACAGAUAUGUCCGCUGAUGGAGGGGAGGGCACUAGUGAUGUGGCUACUCAGGCGUUCUCUAACUACACAGAGAAAAUUGUGGAAUUCGCACCGAUCAGCAGGAUCUGGUACAUCGGCGACGCGGAUUUUAGGACGCAAUGCACACUCUCCCACGACGUAGAGGUUAAUCCUAAUGACUGGAUUGGAAUUUAUGAUGCCAAUUUUCACAGCUUGGACGACUACAUAGCAUACGAGUAUUUGGCCAAAGUCAGUUUACCUCAGGCCCCACCGGCCGCAGGACAGCCCAGGGUAAUAACCCUGAGUUUCCCGGUAGGCAGCGGCGUGAGAAUACCGGGAUUCUACAGGUUCAUAUACUUCAGCCAGCCGAAUAACGACGUCAGGAGUGUUUUGGGUAUCUCCGAGCCUUUCGAAGUCAGCAGUAAGGACGACAAACUAGUAUCCAUAGAUCCAUGUGUGGAACCUUCAAGCAGUACUUCACCCGCUCGAUCCAAGCCCACAACGGCUACCACCGACAUCUUCACAGAUUUCUCAGGUCUUGACGUGGCGAAACUUUCCCGCCAUUUCUCAAACGAUCUUAGCAUCGACUGACUAAAGACCUAUCUGCCUGGAUCGCCGGCCAAUAGGCGAAAAGACAAGUAAAAUAAGUGUCUACGUAUGUUUUUAGUAGUAUAUAUAGUUUAGUUUUAAGUAGAGCCUAAAUUGAUUCAAAUAUUUAUGUCACAAAAAUGUAUAUCGUUCCCGCAGAGGCGGAGUCGUCAAACUAUAACCGUACCCAUGUAAACCAUAGAUACCUGUAAAAUAUAACGUGGUCUCUAGGUCACACGUCCAAUGCAUACAUUUUAUUGUCUGUCUUGCUCCCAUAAAUCUACGUCCUAGUUAUCGUUCUAUCUUGCUGUGAAAGAGAUAAUGAUGUAUUUAAAAAAUAAGUGUGAGUUGCACUUCGACUUUGGAUUUUACGGCUGGUUACAGUGGUGGUAAGUUACAAAUUUUAAUGUGUAUGAAUUUGACAACUGUCAUGUUAUUCAAGCUGCAUAACAAAGUAUAGCAUAUUGAAAAAUAUAUCAGUGUUAUUGAAGUAAAGUGCAAUAAAUUACAUAAUUUUAUAACUUGCACAUUGUAUCCAUUUGUACUUACUGCUUAUAUAGUUGGAAAUAUUUACUUUUUCCACUUUUACGGCCAAUAAAAUGCCUGUUGGACCAAUUUUGGUUUUGAGUUAUAGGUAAAUAAUAGCUGCAUUAUGAAAUCCCAAAUUUGUAGAUUAUCGAGGAAAAACUAUGUAGUAAGAUUGUAAUGAAAAAUUGGCCCUAUUUAAUAUUCCUAUUUUACUGUAGCAUAACGAUAACCAAUAUGUAUUGAAAAUUAUUGAUGUAUGAGGAAAUAAUAUUUAAACAUUAUGUUUUCGGCUGUAUGCCAUUUUUUUAUUAUUGUAAAGGUUAUAAUAAUACCUUAAAAAUAAUAAUUUAUUAUAAUUUAGUACCACACCAUUACAUUAUAUAUUUUAUUUUCAUAUAUUUUCGUUUUUCUAUGUUAAAGUUUAUGAAACAAUUGAUAUCGUCAAUAUGACUUAAAUAUUUUUGUUGAGUGAUUAUUUUGGUACAAUUUAUUUUUAUAUGAUUGUAUAGAGCAAUAUUUUUUAGAGGUAGAUGUGUAUAUAAUAAUAUUGUGUAGGCUAAAAUAUACUGUUCGCUCAUAGAGCGCCAUAUUGUUUAAUAGAAUUGUCUUGAAAAUAACCUCAAAAGGUAUUAUUUUAAAAAAUUGGCACUGUUCGGGCUAUCUUUGAUUAUCUACACUUUAAAUAUAAUAUACAUAUGUGUUUAUGUAAUGAAAACAUAUAAUUUCAUAUCUUGUGUACCUGGCUUAGCUAGUUGGCUUUAAGUCUUAAUAAGUUGCUUACAAUUACUUAGAUAUAAGUUUUUGGGGCUUGCCAUGAUAAUAAUACAGCUUUUACUAAUUUAUAAAACUAUAGUGUCAAUAAGGUAGAAUUCGUUGAGUAUGGAUAUACAUACAUUAAUGAGGAGGAUACACAGAGGUAUUAGAUGGAAGAUGGAUGUGUAUUGCGCUAAGUAUGGUGGACUUGGGUUAAAAGUUUCAGGUGAAAACUUUAGACUUUUCUCAUACGAAUCGUAAUUGCUAUAAUGCACUUUACUUACUUUUUCAAGAAUUUAGUGAUACCAUUACAAAAAAUUAAUGAAAUACCUAUAUAUUAUACCUAUAUGAAAUAACUAUUAUAGAUUGCGAAAUGAAGUGAGUAAUUUCUGCAGUUUUUGAUAAUUGCCAUUUUUAUUUCUAUACUUUAAUAGAGUCUACGAUUUUUUAUACAUAAAAGUUGUUCCUUUUCGUAUGUAACUUAAAAGGCAAAAUGCUCUCUUAGUAUUUUUGGACUCAAAUGUAAGCUCAUUGUAUAUCGACAAUAAUAUUUAGAAAGCGUUUUGUGGUUCUUAACUUGUAGA